CCAGGUCCCUUCCUUUGGGCUCACAGCAGCGGCGGCGCUGCCGAAUCCAGCUGUGUGCCACGCUCUGGGAUCUGCUCCUGCCGGGAUUGUUGGGAUCUGCUGAGCCCACACACAGAGGAGGUUUUGGGAGGCAUCUCCAGGGUGGAGAAGCACAGGUGCAGCUGUGUUGAGGAGGGGCUGAAGAUGGAUUAUUGCUGCUGGGCACAGGCUGCGCUUCCAGCCAGGGACUGCGCGCGUCCCGUGGGGAAGGUGUAGGCAGCGUCUGCAAUGGGGUGCCAGUGCCAGCCUGCUCUGGCCAGCCUCUGGACAUGAGGAUGUGGGUGCUGUUCAAGGGCAUCCCCUGAUGUGCCCGGCAGUACAGGCACUCCUGGAUGCACAGGAUCACAACCAAAGGGACACAGAAAUCCUGGACACCCUGAUCUGUGCGGACUGACCUGAGCUCUCUGCCUUUGUAGCUGACCAAGGUCUCACCUGAAGAGUUUUAAACUGACAUCAGAGUUGCUGAUCAGACUGGUACUAUGUGGGCAAGCUGCUGUAACUGGUUCUGUGUGGAUGGCUCCCCUGAGGAGAUGCAGCCGCCGCCAGCAGCCCGAGCCCAGGCCUACUCCAACCCUGGCUACAGCUCCUUCCCCUCUCCCACUGCCUCUGAGCAGAGCUGCAAAGCCUGUGGGAUGCACUUCGACAGCUCCUCCAGCAAGCACAUCUGCUUGGACUGUAAGAAGAACUUUUGCACGUCCUGCUCAAACCAGCCCGAGGGUGGGCCCCUGCUCUGCCACCUCUGCCAGCGCUUCCGAGCCACGGCUUUUCAGCGGGAGGAGCUGAUCAAGAUGAAGGUGAAGGAUCUGCGAGAUUACUUGGCCCUCCAUGAGAUUUCCACAGAGUUCUGUCGUGAAAAGGAGGACCUGGUAUUCCUGAUCCUUGGCCAGCAGCCUGCAAUUACCCAGGAAGAUCAGAUAAGAACAAACACAUUUAAUACCAGUGCUGGUGAACAGCAAGACUUUGUGAGUCACCCCCCAACCAACCUGGCCUCUCCUACCUCACACGAUGAGUCCUCAGUGUCUGCAGAUCCCAUCUCAAGUUCAGAAGCUCAGGAACACCAACAGGCCAAUGGUCAUGUGCCUCCUGUCAUGAGCCCAGCCUGUGCAACAGCAGCUGAGAAUGCAGGAGAAGAAGCAGCAGCAGAGGAUGAGAUACAGUCCAGUGACUCCGAGGAUAACCUGGUGCUGGGCAGGAAGGCCUCCCUGUCUGACCUGACCAGCGUCGGGGACAUCAACGCGCUCUCGGUGCGGCAGCUGAAGGAAAUCCUCGCCCGCAACUUCGUCAACUACAAAGGCUGCUGUGAGAAGUGGGAGCUGCUGGAGAGGGUCACUCGCCUCUACAGAGAGAAGGACCUUCAGCAUCUAGUUUUGGACACUGACAAUCAGACUGGUGGUGCUGGGCCCCCCAGCGCCGAGGACAACCUGUGCAGGAUCUGCAUGGACGCUGCCAUCGACUGCGUGCUGCUGGAGUGCGGGCACAUGGUGACGUGCACCAAGUGCGGGAAGCGCAUGAGCGAGUGCCCCAUCUGCCGGCAGUACGUGAUCCGGGCCGUGCACGUCUUCAGGACAUAGAGGGGCUCCGGGCUCAGGGCUGCUGUGCCUUAAAGCCUCAGUGCUCUUCGGGAAAGGGCCAACAUCCCUGCCAGCCUUGGAGAUUAGCAUGGACCCUGCUGCAAGAGAGGGAAGGAGGAAGCCUGGGAAAGUGCUCUGCUCAAGCCAUGCCCGACUCUGCUCAUCCCACCAUCGUGCUUUACACCACAGUGCCUGGACUCCUUGGAGCUCAUUGCCAGCAAUCAUUAACCACCUCCAUCCUAGGAUAAUUUGAGGACAGAUGGAUGCCCGGCUUUCCACCAGGAAGAUCAGCUCCAGAGGCUUUGUAUUUUCCUCUGAAUAAUAAAAGUGAGCUGGGGUCUCAAAAAGUGUCCUUUGUUUUGCUGCUCAGGCUCUGCCCAGCAACAACUUGAUUUUCGAAGAUGAAAAUGUCACUGUGCUUGUUAAUUUUACUUUUAUCUUUAAUUUAAUGUAAAAUUGUUGUGCUUGCAGGACAGGCAGACCAUCCCUGCUUUCCCUAAUUCCAUCCUAGUGCAAUUGUGGAAAAAUGUGUAAUUUUCUAUCAAGGUUCUCUUUGUAUUAUUGAAAACUGUUGGGAGGGAGGCUGGGAAGGCUCAGCCUUGCCCUGUGUGCUGGGUUUUUGUUUCUGUGGCAGAGGGAGGUUUCUGGUUUUAACUUUGAUUUCACAGCACGUGCCAGAGGUGGGGUUUAAACUGAACUGCCCCCACUUGCUGAGGGAGCUACAAACCCAAGGCUUGAGUCUUCCCCAGGGUUUAGUGAGGAAACCACAGAGCUGCAGAGUAGUGAGGACCCCACUGCUACACAAUCAUAUUUAAGUACAGGUGACUUUUUCUUUUUUUAGAAGGGAAUCAUGGAAGAAAGCCUUUGUCUCCAUUGGAUCCAUGAGCAAUCUCCAGUGCAGAUCAGCUUCCCCAUCCUCCCCAGGGCUCAGUUUGACAGGUGUGUUACCUUCCACUGCUUACCAAAAGCAAUUUUGUCCUUUCUGCAGGUGAGGGUGGGGAGAGAGGCUGUGGCCUGAUCCCUGACAGCUCUCCUGGGCAGUGUGUUCAGCUGGAAGGGACGUGCUGGAGGAGUCUGCCAGUUCUGGAGGCUGGAGGUGACUGGAACUGGUGUAUUCUGCCCUCAGUGUCCCUCAGCAUGGCACUGUGCCCUCCCUGCAGAGCUGUCCUGGCUGCUCUGGGACAGGGGAUGGCUCUGUGUUCCAGCCUGGCUGCCAGCAGAGAACAGCAGAGCUCCUGGGCAGUGGCAGUGGUGGCAGCAGCACCUGGUGUGCUCUGCACAGGGCCACUUCCAGCAGCUGUGAGUGCAGGGUCUUUGCUCUGGGCCCUGCUGCCAAAGCAGCACCUGGGAUGAGAGAUGCAUGGCUCAGGAGGCAGCAGGAGAGAGCCAGGGAUGUCUCACUGAGGGGGUCUCGGAAGCUGCAGCAGCUGCAGCAUUGACUGAACUCAGCAUUCUGAGUCCUACCUCUGUCCCUGGCCAGGCUGUUCUCUAAUCUUUGACGUAAGGUUUAACAGAUCCAGCAGAACAAAGUGAACAAGUCAGUGCAUCCUGACAGAGAAAAGGGCAGGCAAGAAGUGACUCUGCUCUGUGGAGAGCACAGGGACCUCGAGGAGCUGCAGGAAUACACAACGUGCUGAACAGCCUCAUUUAGGAAAUCCACUGUGAAAAUUCAUGUUGUCAUAUUGUUCAAUAAACUCAGGGCUGGGGGAAUUUAGCAGGAAGAAGGUGAUUCCCCUAUGGAUAGAUGUACUUUUCCUUCUACAGGGUAGGCUUUUUGUCUACAGCAGUCAAAUCAAGCUGCAGAUCAAUGCCUGAAAUUUUAGGGAUGAGAAGAUCCACCCACCCUGUGACUCUAAAAUGUGCUUUGUGAAGGGAGGACUCUUCUUGUUUUCCUUGUAAUUCUCUACUUAUGGAGAUGAGUGAGUUGUUUUUAAAGGAAAAUCAAAACCUGGAGGAAACUGAUUAAUGAUCCAAAGGAAUAUAAUGUUCUGAACUAAUAAAGUAAAUGGAAAUAUUUAUGUGCUUUAUGUACACUGUACAUUGUUUAAAGAUUUAAAAAACUUAAUAUUCUACUUGAAAGGGCAUGUUAUUCACUAUUAAAUCCUCUGGUACUAUGACAGUUCAACUUACUAGUUUUGGUACAGAAGUUUGGUUUAUAAUUUUAUAAUAAAGUUGAAUUGUGAUUUAGUUAA